CGGCAAGCAUGAUCUUGACUUGAGCCAUGCCAGUGGCCCGCAUUGAGCCCAUCUCCGACAUUUUCAACGACGAUGACGAUGGCUGGCAGGAGAUGCCCAUUGUCCGCGAGGACAAGGACGCGAGCGGCCUAGACGAGGAAGACCAGAAGAAGUACCACUACGUCGCGUCAGCGAAGGCAGCGACGACCGCCAACGCUACGGGCCAGCUCAUCGACGUCGACUACGCGGGGAACGAGUGGCGCAGCAAGGCGGAGCAGAAUGAGAAGGAGUAUACGCGCCUUCGGAUGCAGGAGGAGGACGAGGCGGACGAGGUCACCCUGCGCACCAAGUACCUCUUCGACGAGGACAAGGCGAUGACGCCGCUCAGCCAGAUGCAGGCGACGAAGAACCUGCUCACGGAGGCCCAGCGCAUUGCCUACGUUGGUCUCUGUGCGCUCACAGCCCGCGAGAUGGCGCACGCGCUCCGCGUGCCCGGACGGAAGGAGCUCAAGGGCGCGCUCGCGGACAUGGAGUUGUGGGGGCUCAAGAUUAUGGGGCGGCUGUACUAUCAUAUGGAGGUCGAGACGCCGGAGCAGAAAAUGAUUGAGAGCCUCGCUGAACACGGCGUGCGCGCCGAGGAUCUUGUUCCAUCGUUGAUGACUACCCACACCAUCGCAAAUCCCGAGUACGACCCCGAGGAGGCGCGGAGGGAAGCACAGCGGAAAGAAGAGGAGCUCGAUGAUCUGCCCGAAGAGGACGUCGGCACACCUGUUCCACCUCCAGCAAAGGACGAUCCACAUCCUGCCACAUCUCCCUCCGCCGCCCAGACAGGCUUCCAGACCACCGCGCGAGUUCUUGAUCCAACUGCCACCUCCGCUAUCCCUGGCGUUUCUACCAAACUAUCCACCACCGACAAGGACGUGACCCUCGACAUACGAUGGACCAUCCUCUGUGAUCUCUUCCUUAUUCUCAUCGCCGACAGCGUCUACGACGCACGAUCGCGAGUCCUUCUCGAGCGGGUAGCGCUCAAGCUCGGCCUCGGAUGGAUCGACGUCGUGAAGUUCGAGAGUCGCGUGACCGAGGCUCUCGAGAUUCAAGAAGACGUGAACAAGAUGGAGAAUGAAGAGGUGGUAGAGGGACGCAGGAAGGCGGCAAGGAAGAAGCGCUUCGUCAUGAUGGGUCUUGCGACGCUGGGCGGCGGUCUUGUCAUCGGUCUCUCCGCCGGUUUGCUCGCGCCUGUCAUCGGUGCAGGUAUCGGUGCUGCCCUUACCACUGUCGGAAUCGGCGGCACUACUGGUUUUCUUGCCGGUACCGGCGGUGCUGCUAUCAUCACAACUGGUGGCGCUCUUACGGGUGGAGGAAUCGCUGUCAAGGGCAUGGCACGGCGAACGCAGCAAGUACGGACCUUCAACAUCUUGCCCUUGCACAACAAUAAGCGCGUCAGUGCCAUCCUGACUGUUCCGGGUUUCCUCAACGGUCCCAACGACGAUCCGCGAUUACCCUUCAGCGUACUCGAUCCUAUAGUUGGCGAUGUCUUCAGUGUUCUAUGGGAACCAGAGAUGAUCCAGGAAACUGGUAGCGCUCUCAAGAUCCUCACAGGAGAAGUCCUGACUCAGAUCGGGCAGACGGUCCUUCAGGCUACCGUCAUGACCGCCCUUAUGAGUGCUUUGCAAUGGCCCAUUAUCCUCACGAAGCUUGGCUACCUCAUUGACAACCCGUGGAAUAAUGCGCUCGACCGCGCGAAGGCCGCUGGAGGCAUUCUUGCCGACCUGCUCAUCCAACGACAUCUCGGCGUACGCCCUAUCACCCUCAUCGGUUUCUCUCUCGGUGCACGCGUGAUCUUCUACGCGUUGGUCGAGCUAGCAAGGCAGAAGGCGUAUGGUGUUGUGCAGGACGUCUUCAUCCUCGGCGGCACGCUUUCCGCGUCACAGCAGACGUGGAUUGCGACUCGUUCCGUUGUCUCCGGACGCUACGUCAACGCAUACGCGCGCAACGACUGGGUCCUCAACUACCUCUUCCGCGCGACUAGUGGUGGUGUAGGCACCGUCGCUGGCCUGCGACCCGUUCAGAACGUACCCGGCCUGGAGAAUGUCGAUGUGACGGACAAGAUCGCCGGCCACAUGAGCUACCGCACCUUCAUGCCCCUUAUCCUGGACCAGCUCGGCUUCCCUGUCUUCGCGGAUUACUUCGACGAGCCGGAAGAACCCGACUUCGAGGAAGACCGCAUUGUUGAGCGCGAGGGCGAGCCGAAGCGAAAGCGUGGGUGGUUCACGAAGAAGGAGACGGAGCAGAAGCGUGUCUCGCGGCCACCGGGAACAUCGUCGCCGUUCGCGAAGCCGAGAACGAGUCAGUCGACGAGGACUUCGGUGGAAGAUGACGAGCUGCCGCCAAGGGAGGGCGCUCCGACGUCGUCACCAAGUACACCGAAGCCGGAGACGCCCGAACGUGCGAGCAUGGACUCGCAGGGGUCGGGACCGUCGACUCCAUCGAAGCUACCACCCAAGCAUGCAGGCUUCGACUUUGCCGCGAUGAAGGAGAUGAUUGGACAGGCUGACGAAGAGGAUACGAAGACACCCAGUACCCCUCCUGCGGCGCCCAUGAUCCCUCGCGCUGCGAAUCGUACCGUGUCCAUGCCCUCGAUGCACCCGCCACCGCUAUCGCCACCGCCUGGAGGUGAGGUGCGACAUGCGCGAACACCAGAUCCAGAGGGGAACCUCGCUGCCGGUCUGCGGUCCAUGUCGCUGCAUGAAGCAGACGAGCACGAGUCAGACGAUGCCGUCUCCGACUUGUCAGAACGCAACGAACCCACUCCGCGCGCUGCAUUCACCUCGCCCUCGACGGCAAGUUUGUCCGGCUGGGGGUCGACAUUCGAUACCAACCGAUCCGUGCUUGGCUCUCCCUAUUCCACUUUCGGCGCCUCGCAGACGUCCUUGGCGGGCAACCCCUUUGCGUCAUCACAACAGUCCCUCGCUGGCAACCCCUUCGCCGACCCUCGACCGUCCUUUGGUGGCGGUGCGGGGUUAGGAUUCGGCGGCGGGGCGCCGGGCCUGACCUUUGGAAGUGCGGAUGGUGGGAUUACCUUCGGGGCGGCGGAUGGGACGAUUACAACGACCUCCGAGUUUUCUGCACCCGCACUCGCAGACCCGUGGCGCGUCCCGCCAGAUCUGGGUACGGGGAGGAAACGCACGGAUCCGUUCAGUUCGAAUCCCUGGUCGUCGUAGCCGUCGGGUGUUUGGAGGAAGAGUAGUCGGGCAUUGGGUAGCCGCGAUGCUCGACGUGUGACAUUUGGCCGGAGGCUGCAUACACUAGAGCUACACAAUGGGUUCCCCUUUUAUCACGCAUUUGUACUAUUGUCUAUAGCAUCUGCAUUCUGCUCCGCAUAUUUCCAUGAGCGCUUUGCUCGUAUUACAGACAUCGACGUUCUAGUUACGAUUAUGCUACUAGUAAUCUUCCUGCUAUUUAUGCACAAAUACAGUCAAUCUCCUUGAUGAACUCGCGCUCGUAUUGGCCUAUACUUUCGCACCACCGCCGUAGAAUCCAGUCCUUCUCGCCUCCGCAAAAUACGACAGCGCUUCCUCCACUCUUUUCCACAACUUCCGACGCUGUACCUCACCCUGGUUCUGCUCUCGCUGCGGCGGCCUGUACACCCG